GGGAAUAUCACCAGUUAAUUUUGCCACCAGUUAAACUGUCACACCGGAACAUAAACAAUGCUUUUACCUUUGCAGUCCGGAUGAGUUACACUGUUGCACCAGUUUGAGCUUAGUGACCGAUGAGGGUGUGCUUUCUGAAGUUGCUAUCGAAAAGGUAAUUGGGAAGCAGAUGACCAGGCCAGGCUGCUCUACUGUUCCAAUGAGCAACCAUGGACCAGAUCACCUUUCAUCAUGAUACUGUCCUGUCAGAUGUUCACAUGCUCCUGCCCAAUGCCCGCCACCUUAUGAUACGCCUCAACAGUGUUGGACAGCCUGUCUUCAUCUCCAAAUUCAAGAUCUUCUCACAUGGUGAAAGUCUGGACAACAGUGACCCAGAGAAAGGUAUACAUGAGGCAGAGAAAUAUGAUGACCCAAGGGAAGACGAGGGAAAAGACACAGAAGGAAAAAAUGGACAGGAAGGUGUGGAGGGAAGUCUGGAAUCAUUCUUGGAUGAGGACGGAGACCUUGACAUAACACAUCGGCCAAGAAAAAUACCUAUGGGGGGUAGUGACCGAGACUUGGUCUGUCCCAUCAUUCUCAAACAGUCCAACCCUUCACUGGAAGAAGAAGAGAAUAUGGACGAUGGAGUUCAGAGCUUCGAAGAUGUUAUAAGAAUUGAGCACACUAUGGCCACACCCCUGGAAGAUGUCGGUAAACAGCUCCCCGGACAGCAGUUGGUAUCGUCCACAUUACCUGGGAUGGUCCUAAACGCAGGGGAUAAUGCCUCUAUUUUCUCUAUAGAUGUGGGAGAAGACCUUCUAAGCAUGUGCAAGAGAAAUGUGUCGUUAAAUAGACACAUUAUGGAGCCUGCAGGUGGUGAGGUGAGAGUGAGACAAUUGGAUUGGCUCCAGCAGGACCUUUGUACAGAUGCUGAUGUCGAGUUUAGCUGGACAGAGGAGGAAGUUGUGGAUAUGUAUAACAACACUAGCUUCAUCAUUGCUGCGGAUGUUUGCUAUGAUGAUGAUCUGACAGAUGGCCUUUUCCGAACACUGUACCGACUCUGCAGUAACUUUCCUCACACCUGCACAAUCUUCAUCUCCAUAGAGAAAAGGAUGAACUUCUCCCUGCGAGACAUGGAUGUUUCCUGUGAAGCCUAUGACCAUUUCAGCCACUGUCUGUCCCAACUCCAGGACCUGGUGGAUGGAAGAUGCAACUUCAGAGUGGAACAGCUCCCUUGUAACUUUACACAGUGUCUUCUAUAUGAACGCAUAGAGCAACUGGAGCUGUGGAAGGUGACUGCCACUCCACUCACGAGACGAGUCUGAUUUUGAGCUGUUUUCAUCCUGACCUGGUCUCACAUCUGAGCAGCAUGAACACUGUACUCUCCCCAGAAUUUAGCAUACAGAGCUCCAGUUAACAGUUUAAAUUGAAAAUCUAAAAAUGUGAGACAACAUCACCUGUUCCUACAUAUGUAAAAUGAUAUAUUUUAGUCUAUUCAGGAUAGAAUCAGGCAAUUGUUUGUUUUUAACAGUAGGUCAUUGAUCCAUUGCAUGAAUGUAGCAUAAUUUAUUUUUACUUGAUUCAUGCAUUCUUACAUGACAAGUAGCCAUGAAGCCAUUCUGAGGUAAUGGAAGUUCUCUACCUUUGCUAAUGGAAAGUCAAGUAGCACUGCGUGUGUCCCUUGAUGUUUGUACAGUAUGUCUGAUUAAAAACAAGGUUGAAUAAAUUAUUACCAUGGGUA